AGAUUGAUAUUGGCGAGAGCGUUGAUUGAGCAUCAUGCAAGAAGUGAGUCGACGCCUGUAAAUAAGCGCACAAAUUACGCGUCAAAGCAAGAAAAUGGCUCAGUCUGCGCUGAAACUGAAGUAUUACUUGACGACACUCGACAGCGGCGUUCACCAAGCAAUGGCUCGCCAGUCAACAAACCAGCUGAACGGCACAACCACAAUUCUCACUUCUCCUCAGCCAUGAACGGCACUCAGUACUAUGUCCAAAAAAAUUCUGAAGAUAUCAUUUGUUGGCAUCAUAAACUGUAA